GCUCCGCUCUGAGGGCAGUGAGAACGCUGCGCUCUGCAAACCAAAAUACGAGAUUGUGAGUAAAAUUAUGUAGUAUUUUGCGAAAAGAAGAGGAUAGUAAAAGAGAGAGGGUUUUGCAUGUUUUUUUAAAUGGGAAAUCUGUUGGGUAGCUGGCGUUUCAAGGAGCCGAGCACCGUUGAGGAAUGCGACUCGACGUGGGGGUCGGACUCAGAGAACGAUGACCCGGCAGCUGAAGAUGACAGCGGUAUCUCCGACUCCGUCAGCCCGGCGGAGAGCGACUGGGCCGCCGGAGACUCCGGAGACACGCCCCCGCAGCUGACUGAAUCCCCGGAGUCUGUUCCUAAGAUGAAGAGGAGUUUCUAUGCUGCCAGGGACCUCUACAAAUACCGUCAUAGCUACCCGAACUACAGGAAGUCCCGGCAACCCAACGAGUACCGUAACCUGCGCUUCUACCUGAACAAGAUCCCCCUAGUACCUGAUGGUAUCUAUAUAGAGGAGAUUCUGACAAAGUGGAGAGGUGACUAUGACAAACUGGAGCACAAUCACACCUACAUUCAGUGGCUGUUCCCAUUAAGAGAACAAGGGCUCAACUUCUACGCACAUGAACUGACUCAGGAAGAGAUCAAAGAAUUCCAAAGCACUCGGGAAGCUAAGCGGAGAUUCCUGGCGGCCUAUUCCCUGAUGUUGGACUUCUAUGGCAUCAAACUGCUGGAUAAGAGUGGGAAUGUUGCUCGGGCUCCCAACUGGCAGGAGCGCUUCCAGCACCUUAAUGAGUCCCAGCACAACUACCUGCGGAUCACUCGCAUCCUGAAGUCCCUGGGCGAGCUUGGCUACGAGGCCUUCAAGGCCCCGCUGGCUCGUCUGUUCCUGGAGGAGUCGCUGUGCCACAACACCAUUCCCAACAUGAAGCACAGCGUCCUGGAGUACUAUGUCUACACCAUUCGCCUGCCCGCCACCCGCAGACGCCUGCUCCGCUACGCUCGCCAGCACUACAGGCCUGCCCAUGCCUUCCUGUGGGGGCCACCUAAAAGGGGAGGUGGUGGUGUCGGAGGUAGUGGAGGUGCUGGAAGUAGUGGGAUCAGAGCACCUGCUCCAACACCAGAGCAACAGAGGAGGGGGGAGGAGAGCACCACGUCAAUAUGUGCAAGUAGCAGGAUUAUUGUGUCUUCCCAUGAUGCCAUGACGUGCCAGGACCUGGCUGGAGGAGGGCUGAAGGGCUGCGCAGGACUUGGUUCCAGUAUGGCUGGACUGGAGGGAGCGUUGAUGAUGGCGGGAGCUAGAGGAGAGAGGAACGAGUACAAUGAGGUUGUUCCUUUGUAGGGAAUGGGGGUCAGAUUGUUAUGAAGUUUGAAAGGCAGAAAACAAAACAGCUGUUUUGAAAACUAACUAGUUUAAUUGUAAAGAAAAAAUACAUUUAUGCCAGAACUUAAUUCUGCUUCUGGACAACCCCAUAGGACACAGAAACUUAGGGUCAUGACAGUAAUAGUAAAAUAGUUUCACAGAAUCUGUCAUUAGAAUCAUUACAGGGUUAAGGGCUUACCAUAAACAACUAUGAUGUUAUUUCUUUGCUGAUAAAUCAGUUUCACUGUAUUGAAUAUGGGAUGGGACUAGGGUUGUUGGGGGGGGGCAAGCUAUCCUUGUUAAACAAACUCGCCUUGGACCAAAUCCCUAAACCAUCUAAUCCAGUAGAGACCCAAACGUGUGUUGCAAGGCUUUUCCUCAUCAGGGCUAUGAUCACAAAACAACUUAGACUGAAUAUUGCCUUAUUUAAUGUUUUGAUCUAGAACUGUGGCAGGGGUGAAAUGUGGUGAUACUGUGGUGAGACUGAAGCCCUGAUUUGUAUGUUUGUCUCGCGAUGGUUUGGGGGGGGGGGGGGGAGUCCUGCUUAUUCAAUAUUGUAGCUGGAGCUCCACUGAGCAACAAGCUGGACUGAGCUCACUUUUUACAGGUGCUCUAAAGUGAAAAUUAUAAUGUGAAGAGGGAGGUCAGGGAAAUUAUUAUUUUUUGUUUUUUUGGUUUUCUAAAUUCUGUGACAGGACAUAAGGAACGCAAAAGAGAGAGAAAGAAUGAAAAGGCAGGGGUGGGCUAAUUUGUCAUAGCAAUACAUUUAAACCAUAUGUUUUGAGAUUCACUUGAAAUCCUCACUGAUGUUAAUAAUAGCAGGGACAACUCAAUAUUUAACUGUGUGAAGGUAGCCGCUCCCUCUGAAAAUUGUACAUAACUCUAGAGCAAAAAACCCCAUGACAUAUUAGUGAAUUAUAUCUAUAAGAAACUGUUAAGAAUAGAGAAGCUUUUUAGUGACAUCACUACUCUCUUGUAAACUAUAACUGGCAUAAGUAAAGAUGCCUGUCACACUUUCAAAGCAAAGGGAGCUAUGUCAAUAAUAAGAUCUGUUUCAAAAUUUGAGUUACUUUGACAGUAAACGAUCUCUUUCGUAGCCCUAGCCUCUACUUCAAAACAAAAUGGCAAACUUUUGGCUGGAUAACUUGCCAAUAGGCUAAUUUAGCAGAGUUAAAAUGCUAACCUCUACUGUUAAUGUUAGUCUCUGUGAGAUAUAUUGUUAGUACAAAUAAAGCUACAUCAGCUAGCUAGUGUUAGCAGCAGUGGUUAGUUUAGCAAACCACCAUGGUUUAAGCCUGCCACUUUAAAUUAAAAACGUACAUUUUGAAUUAAUAAGAACUAGCACCUAAUAAUUCAAAUACAUUCUAUGUAGCCUAAUCAUCAAAUCAUCUGUUGAUCAAUAAGAACGAAGAACGUUGCUUGCAUUUGCUAUGCCUGUACAGCCUCAUUCAAGUAACAAGCUAACAGGUAACAUCAGAUGUGUUGUUGUGGGAAUAUAAGUGCUGGCAACAAAAAAAAAAAAAAUAAUUAUCCAAUCUAUGGUGUUGAAUUCAAAAUGCUUCCACAUCAUUUUUUAAAGAUGGUUUUGUGUCAGAAUCAUUCAGUGCAGCUUGCUUGUUUCCUCAAUUUUGUGUUGACAAAGUCAACAACAAUAGUUUACUGAGACCAACAGGGCAUGCAAUGGAUCAGACUGCAUUUUAUGCAUGACUAUAUGGUCUCUUGUAACUAUAAAUAUUGAAUUCCGACAGAUGAUUACAGAUCGAAUAUUCAGUUUUUCCUACAGUGGAAUGGUAGUUCAAAUUUCAACCAAAAAGGUGGCAGCCCUACGUGGCUAACAGUGACACUUUUUUGACAAAAUCAUCAGUGUAUCAUUGGAUGUGAACUGUGACUGAAGUCAAUGCGAUCAGAUAAGUGAUGCGUGGUGUGUUGCACUUUUUUGACAAUCUGUGUCUUCCUGUUGAAAGCGCUGUAGGUUUCUCCAAAUUGUCGAUUUCAAAACACAUCCACAAAAGUUGAGAACUUGCUGUGAAUGUUGUGUUAUUGGCUAACCUUGCAAUAAUAAUUUCAACCAGGCUACACAUGGUUGUGAUACUGUUGGCGUUAUCCCUCUGAAUAUGAGAGUCUAAAGCUUCUAGGGGGAAGUUUGUAAAAGAGUAGCAGCUGAUAUUUUUGUCAGAUUUUCAGUUUCUUAAAUUUUGUUCAUUUACAUGGCAAAAAAUACCCCACAAAAACAUCCCCUAGAACUUUACUCAGAUGAGGGUGAAGAAGCCACUUAAUUAGCAUGAAGAAUGCUUCAGUAAUUUAACUCUCCACUGAAGCCAGACAAAUUAUUUUGGAUUAGCAGGUGCUCAAGGAAGGAAGACAGGUUUCUUUCUGCAUUUCUCACCUCUGAGAUGUUAAAAACAUCUUUCAUCACCCUCUUCAUUUAAGAGGUUGACAGCAUCACAUUGCUUGUGUUUUUGUUUUGUUUUUUUAAAUAAAAGACCAAUUCCAGCCUGAUACAUCUGGAAGUGUGUCCUGGUCUGUCUAGUCAGCCAAGAGGGACUUUAGGGAUAUUUAAUUAAUUCUAGGUAUCAUUUCAAACAUAGAAAAUUGAGUUCCUGGUUGCAAUAGCUCUCUGUGAAAUCAAAAGCCAUGUGAGGUGUAAAACAGCAAUGAUGCAUCAAUUUAAAUUCUUCCUGUAGGAUAAGGCCUUGCUCAUCAUUAGCUGAUAAGGUCUCUACAUUGCUCCACAGCCAAGUGUAUCUGAUAUAAUUGUAAAAAUAACUUCAGGUGAAUUGUGUGAUAACAUGGGCUCAAGUAUCUGAUUUUUUUAGUAUACUGUUUGUGUACAUAUAUGCAUAUGUGUGCGUGUGUAUCUGAUAUUCUUAAGUGCCUUCUUUGUAUUUUUAUGUUUAUCUGUAUGCUGUAAUGAGUGUCUUUCCCAACUAAUUUCCUGGACAUCCUGUUUUUUGCAGCAUUUUGAUAUUUAUAUUAUUGUUUGCAUUAUAGUCAUAUACAGUAUGAGUAUUAAUGUAUAGUAACAGCAGGAAUAAAACCCAUAAGAAUUGGUAUAGAGGAGAGGUUCAUAUAUAUAUAUUACUUGAAAUUGUUUGUAUCUGGCUUAUUGAUAAAAAUGUGAUUGUUUAAUAGAUGAAUAUUCACUAUGCCUGCUGGAGACACCAGUGUUUUCCCAGUGUUCUUUCAGCAUAGAUGGGCCACAAUAACUGGACAUUUGCCCUAAAAUGUGAAAUUUGCUACACUUGACUCAAAUAAAAAUGGGUAUGUGGAUGUAA